GCUACACUCCUUUGCACAUUGCAAUGCAGUUUGGCAAUGAAGAUAUUUUUAAUCUACUAGUGCAAGUAUACGGUGCGGACCCGAACAUCCGGGACUACAGCGGACGGAAACCACGGCAGUACCAGACGAACCAGGACACAGCCGUCUCCGCAGACACAUUCAGGAGUGAGUACAACCACCCCACGAGCAUGCGUAGACCGGGCAUCCCCAAGUCGCCCUCCAUCCUUCUCGCCCCCUCCAUCCUCCUCACCCCCUCCCCAGAGGAGACUCCAGCCAAAUCCAAAACCAAGAUUAGAUCCAGCGGUUCCUUUAAAAAACGCGCCGAAUUCCUCUUUCGAGGCCCCCGAUCAAGCCCCGGCCCGUCCCCGCUUCCUAAGCCCAAAAAACUCUAAAUGUACUACAUUUUGAAAUUAGGAACUGUAAAUUCCGGCCCGGUUUAAAAACAACGUAUGUGUCAUUAAUUUUCCUAUGCACAAA